UUUUUUCUCUUGGUUUGUAUUUUCUAGAGAACAUUUUUUCCAUCUCUAAAGAAAGAAAAGAAAAUGGCUAGGUCUGCCAAAGGCAAUCGAGACGAAGACUUGGUGGAUGAUGAUGACGAACAAGACCUCUUUACAUCAAACACUUCUUCCUCUCUCAACAUCAACAACAACAAUGCAGUGAAGGGGGAUGAACCUAGCAGGGGGAAAAGGGCUAACACUCAUCGUUCCAAGCAUUCAGAAACUGAGCAGCGUAGAAGAAGCAAAAUUAACGAAAGAUUUCAGGUUCUGAGAGAUCUCAUACCUCAAAAUGAUCAAAAAAGAGAUAAAGCUUCCUUCUUGUUGGAGGUUAUUGAGUAUAUUCAGUUCCUACAGGAAAAAUUACAAAUAUAUGAACAAUCUUAUGAAGGAUGGAAUCAGGAGCCGACGAAAUUAACUCCAUGGAGAAAUCAUCACGGGCCUGCAGAUAAUACUACAGAUCCUUCUCGAGCAAUUCAAAAUGGGUCUGUUCGUGAAAAAAAUAACAAUGUCUCUCCAUCACUGCCAAAAAACAUACAGAACUCAAUAGAUUCUGACCUCUCAACAACUAUUGAGAAGGGCCACACUCUUGGUUUGGCCGGAGAAGCAGUUCCCAUGACCAUGCAAAUGCGAUUGGACAUGUUUGAUCCGGUUGUUAGCAGCGGUAUAGUGAGCCAACAGAUGCCGGAGUUGCCUUUAUCUAAUGCGGACAAGGACGACUAUAUUGUUGCAGAUAAUACAUUGAAAGAACAAGAGGAGCUGACAAGUGAAAGUGGAUCAGAUAGCAUCUCAAAUGCCUAUUCUCAAAGAAUAUUGGGUACUCUCACACAAACCCUGCAGUCUUCAGGUGUGGAUUUGUCCCAGGCCAGUGUCUCGGUGCAAGUCGAUGUUGGUAGACGAACAGAUACUAGGUUAACCUCCUCCCCAUAUGGCUCAAAGGGUCAUGAAAAUCCAUUUGCGAGCGAUCGAGCAAUGGCAUGUUCAGGAAUUGAUUACUUCAGUGAGGAUUCUGAACUAAGUCCAAAGAGAUUCAGACGAGAAGCAAGCUAGUGUCCUCAUGUUCAUUUUGUUCCGUUUAAAUAUUAUAUUUUUUUCAUCUGAGCUGAGGGAAAGUGAGAUUGGGUAGAUGAGGUUUUUUUUGUCAUGCUGGGUAGAUCUAUAGAUAAAAUGUAUAUUUCAUGAUUCUAGUUUUGAAACAAGGAUGUUCUGAAAUAAGCAUUUGGAAGAGCUUAUUAAUAGCUUAUUUGGGUUUAUGACAACCAUUUGUGUAAGUACUGAGAAGAAUUUAUGAAAAUAUUUUAUGCUAUAUUCAUGAGCU